AUGACCCGUUUGGACUGCAGGCUUCACGCUGGACAUGGAACUUCCCCCAUUUGUUUCUUCUUGAUACUUCUGAACGUGCUGGACCACUCCAAGUCUGGGCUGGGAUUACCACGACAGUCAGAAAGAUUCCUCCAAGACCUUCCACCCUAUGAAGUGGUUCACCCCACUAGAGUGAAUGCCAGAGGUCACUUCCUGUCCAACUUUCUGUCUCAUCGUGCUCACCACAUACAGCGUCGCUAUGCCUCAGAGGAAUCAGUUGACCCAGGAAGAGUCUUCUAUCAGUUGUGGCAUGGCGGCCGAAAUUUGCGCUUUAAUUUGACUCUCAACCCACACCUGCUGGCCCCAGGUUACCUGACAGAGAGCCGAUAUGGUGGUCUUAAAGGGGGGAAGAUACGUCCCCUUGAAUCCAACCAGUGUUAUUUCCUUGGUGAAGUGUGGGAUGGGCCGGCUGUCAAAGGGACUGCAGCAAUAAGUACCUGUGAUGGAUUGACAGGAUUGUUCAAGUUUUCAAAUGAAGAAUUCUUCAUUCAGCCUCUGGAAAAGUCGUAUGAUGAGCCUUCAGCACCACAAGCCCACGCGAUCUUCAAGCGCCAUGCUCCCUUCCCGUCAUGGAGUCCACUUGUGCAGCCCAUUUCAGGAAGACAAGUGGUCAACGGUUCCUGUGGGGUCAAAAAUUCCCAUCAGAGGUUGGAAGAAAUUGAGAGAAACAGGGAACGCUGGGAGCAGCGGCAGAACAGGAGGAAGAAGAGGAUCCAUCAACGCUCCAUCAGCAAAGAAAAGUGGGUGGAAACCCUGGUGGUGGCUGACCCUAAAAUGGUGGAAUACCACAGCAGCAAAGGUGUUGAAAACUACAUACUUGCUGUUAUGAACAUUGUAGCAGGUCUUUUUCAAGAUCCAAGUAUCGGAAACGCUAUUAACAUUGUCGUGGUUCGACUUAUCCUGCUGGAGCAAGAUGAGGAAGACUUAAAGAUUACACACCAUGCCGACAACAGCUUGAAUAGCUUCUGCAAAUGGCAAAAACGACUCAACAUGAAGGGGGACGAACAUCCUCUUCACCACGAUGUAGCCGUUCUCCUCACCAGGAAGGACAUCUGUGCAUCCAUAAAUAUGCCUUGUGAAACGCUUGGUUUGUCCCAUGUGGUGGGGAUGUGUCAAUCACAUCGCAGCUGCAGCAUAAAUGAAGACACCGGCCUCCCAUUGGCGUUCACUGUUGCACAUGAGCUUGGACACAAUUUUGGAAUUCAGCAUGAUGGCAACGGAAAUGACUGUGAACCCAUUGGGAAAAAACCUUUCAUCAUGUCUCCGCAGCUGCUUUAUGGCACCUUACUACCCAGAUGGUCCCGAUGCAGUCGUCAAUAUAUUACGCGCUUCCUUGAUCGUGGCUGGGGUUGGUGCCUUGAUGAUGCUCCUGCGAAGGAAACUAUUUCACAAGGCUUGCUGCUUCCCGGGGUUUUGUACAGUGCUGCCCAUCAAUGCCGGUUGCAGUAUGGAUCUGGAUCCCUGCUGUGUGAUGACAUGGAUAAUGUGUGCAGCACACUUUGGUGUACUGUGGGCGCAACGUGCCACUCCAAACUGGACGGGGCUGUCGAUGGGACCAGUUGUGGCCAAGAUAAAUGGUGUUUCAGUGGACAGUGUGUCACAGCUGGACAUUACCCAGACAGUGUCAACGGGGGCUGGGGUACCUGGAGUGAGUGGUCUGCCUGUUCUAGGUCGUGUGGGGCUGGAAUUGAGAGUGCGCAGCGGGACUGUGACGACCCAGUUCCGAGGAACAGAGGGAAGUACUGCCUGGGAGAAAGACGGCGGUAUCGCAUCUGCAACACAACACCUUGUCCAAACAACGUCCCCAGUUUUCGAGAUAUCCAGUGCAGUCACUUCAAUGGUGCACUCUAUAAGGGCAAAUUCUACAAGUGGGUGGCGGUGAUCAGCAGGGUCAGUCCUUGUGAACUCCACUGCCGCCCGCUGAAUGAACAUUUCUCUGAAAAGAUGCGUGAUGCUGUCGCUGAUGGCACUCCGUGCUUUGAAGGCAACAAAAGCCGAGAUAUGUGCAUCAACGGCAUCUGUAAGACUGUCGGCUGUGACUACGUGAUUGAGUCAAACGCCGUGGAGGAUCGCUGUGGAGUGUGUCUUGGUAACGGCUCCACCUGUGCAACUGUGAGGAAAACAUUCGAGGAGAGUGAGGGACUUGGUUAUGUGGACAUUGGACUGAUCCCAGAGGGAUCAUGGGACAUCAGGAUUGAAGAGAUGGGUGAAGCGGGAAAUUUCCUAGCGCUCCGAGGUGACGGUCCAAACAAGUAUUAUCUGAAUGGUGGCUGGACUAUACAAUGGAAUGGCGAGUACAAAGCAGCUGGAGCCGUAUUUACCUACGAACGGACAGGACAUCUGGAAAACCUUACGUCACCUGGGCCUACUUUGGAGCCACUGUGGAUUCAGCUUCUCUUUCAAGAGGCAAAUCCAGGGGUCCGGUAUGAAUACACAAUUAGUCAAAGUGUUUCUGAAGACAAUGACACCCUGGCCUCAGUGUUCUUCUGGAAGUACGGUUCAUGGACUGAAUGUAGUGCCACCUGUGGAGCAGGUGUUAGGAGGCAGAUUUUUCACUGUGUCGAAAGAACAAACGGGAUAGUGGACGAGUCAUUUUGUGACCCUUUCAACCGACCAGAUGACAAUCAAACCAAUUGUAAUAAAGAGCCUUGUCCAGCCAUGUGGUGGGUCGGUGAGUGGCAGAAAUGCUCAGCGAGCUGCGGCAGCCUCGGUGUGGCUAGACGGACAGUGUUGUGCAUACAACCCAUCAGCAUGGAUGAUCAGAAAGCUUUACAGCCCAGCCAAUGUGAACAUAUCCCAAAACCUGAAACAGCAUUGUCCUGCAACACACACAUUCCAUGUCCAGCAGAUUGGACCACUGGCAGUUGGUCAAAGUGUUCACUAACAUGUGGAGGAGGAGUACAACGGCGUACUGUUACCUGCUCCAGAAACACUGGGGUGGACUGCGACAUACAUAACAAGCCUGACAGUAUUAGUAUUUGUUCAAUCCAGGAGUGUCCACGGGUUUUGGAUAAUUUUGGUGAUUUUGACUGGUCUGGAAGUGGAUGGACAAGCAAAGACUUGUUUAAUGAAAUUAAAUCCAUACCUGUGGCCAAACCAUCUCAAAAGUACAGUCCCACCAAAGUGCAAGCAAAAAUGAAUGAUCCAAAUAACUUGAAUGAUAUUUUCGAAGACUUUCAUUAUCACAAUAAGAUAGAAAGUGAAGAAAAUGUUCUUCAAGUGGAUGAUUUUUACUACGACUACAACUUUAUCAACUUUCAUGAAGACUUAUCAAAUGAGAGUGGUGAAAUAGAUUCAGGGAACAGUCAAAUGAAAGAUGUUGUGCUAGACAAAGAGCCAACUGGCAGUGUGGAGAACGCCAGUAAUUCUUCGAGGCUUUCAAAAUCACAGAGCACUGACAAAGAUAACCUGAAGGACAUUGCAACCCCUGCAAAAGAAGAAUCCACUGAAAAGAAAUCUGUAAAUUUUGACGCCGACCUUAUUGAGGAUUACCUUCUGCCUGUGUCCAGCACUAAGUCACCAGCGCAUUCAUCGGGAAAACAUGGAUACCAUGAUCCCCUGCUGUCUGAAAAAAAUAAGACAAGAGCUUCUCUGGAUGACACUAUCGGGGAGCCUGCACAAAGUGAAAAUGUAGGACAAGAUGAAGAGACUGACCACAAUUUCACACAGGAGGAAAGUCACACUGAGGAAAUCACAGUAAAUCCAUCACAUGCUGCUUCAAUGGCUGGAAUUCAAGCUGAAGAUGAGUUACAGUCGCAAAACUACACCACACGAGUGAUCUCUGCUCUUGAGGCUUUAAGCACCAAGGUGCCAAGAACUGGAGGAGAUCAAAUACAGUCAGAAUUAUAUCUUACCCAAAUUAUUAAUGAAUCUGCAUUUUCACCUGACCUUAGACUGGAAAACCUGCAUCUGACUCAUCUCAAUACAGACAUGGUUCCAUUUAAAGAUAUUUCCACAAUGUCUGACAAUGGUGUCAGUAUGACAUCCCUACCUCCCUCUGAGAGGUUUUCUCCUCUCCUUUCUCCGGAUCUUCUCAUGUCAGGUAAUCAAAAUACCCCAGCUGACACUAGCUUGUCUGCUGGAACUCAAACCCGGCCACCUACAAACCAGCCUCCUCAAAGUGAUUUCCAGCCAGCAACAACAAAACAGACUCCAGCCAAAGAUUCUACAGAUUCUUCUUUAGAUUUGUCAUCAUUUCCAUUUAGUAACUAUGACUAUAAUCAAAUCCGAAUUCGCCUGACCAUGAGAUCUGGUAUUGCGAUUGAGCCCGACUCUACAUAUGUGACCCCAUUGUUGAAGACCUUAGCCACUCCUCAGCCUAUCACCCCACAAAAAAUAACCACUAAUGUCUCGCCAACCAAGCUUUCAUAUCUUUGGCCACUGCCUCUGAAAAUUUCAGAACAAACACCAGCUGGCACUCAAGUCGCAGCGGUUUGGGUAACUGGAAACUGGAGCGAAUGUUCCACAAGUUGUGGUCUGGGUGCCAUCUGGAGGACUUUGGCCUGCAGUACUGGCUCAGAGUCUGAUUGCGACCAAGCAAACAGGCCCACACCUGCCCAGCGGUGUUACCUGCGCCCCUGUUCCAUGUGGAAAGUUGGUGAAUGGACUAAGUGCUCUAGGAAAUGUGGAGGCGGUGUUAAAUCCCGAGAAGUCCAGUGUUUCGACAUGCGCGAUAAUAGAUCCCUGCGACCUUUCCACUGUCGAGCAAUGUCCUCCAGGCCGCAAAGCCAAAUGCCCUGUCACCCUCAGCCAUGUCUCGACUGGUACACGUCUUCCUGGGGACAGUGCUCAGAGGUGUGUGGAGGUGGAGAACAGCAACGUCUUGUAACGUGCCCGGAGGAAGAACUUUGUGACACUGACCUUCGGCCCACCAACAUCCGGCCCUGCAAUACUCAGCCUUGUGCUCAGUGGCUCACUGGAUCUUGGGAACAGUGUUCAGCAUCCUGUGGCGGUGGAGUGCAGCAGCGACUCAUCAAGUGUGUUAACACAAAGGCUGAGACGGAAGAGGAGGUGGACCAAACUCAAUGUAGCCAUGAGGUGCAACCGGGAAGCACGCAGAAGUGCAAUUUGGAAGAGUGUCACACACCACCUUCUGGUCCAGUUUGUCUCCGUGACCGUUUAACAUCACGCUUCUGUCAGACUCUGCGCUGGUUGGGCCGUUGCCAGCUGGCCACCGUGCAAGUGCAGUGCUGCAAAACCUGCAACCGACCGCCAGGCCGCUCCAGCACCAGAGAUCUCCACUGA